GCCUCCUCGCCCGUCCGCCUCCCUCACUGCAUCUGACAGCGUCCCUCCCUCUUUCUCUCCUUCUCCUCCUUCCUGUCCUUCUCUCUUUAGGCUUUUUCACCGGCAAAACACCGACACGCUGCCCGUCCCCCCUCCUCCUCCUCCUCCUCCUCCUCUUCCUCCUCCCGUAACCGGAGAAUAAACGCGGAGCGGCGAAGGGAGCAGGAUUCACCUCCGCCGGUGCGCACCCCAUCCAUGGUCCUCCCCUGGAUGUCCGCCUGACAGAAGGAUCGGUGGUACUUUUCUGACUAGAGAGUCAGGCCCGGAGUCCGGGGGUGAAGAGAGCGAGAGAGAAGCCCUCCCAGCAGCAGGGGAGCAUGCAGGACUCCGCCUCGGACGCCAAGAUGGCCAAACAGGAACACAACUCCAAGCAUCUGGAUGAACCCAGAGAAACGGACGACAUGUCAGAGAAGACGUCUCCAAACAAGAACCUCAAGUCUCCCCAGAAAGGCUCCAAACGACUGAAAACCGCCCCCUUCAAAAUGACCCUGCUGGACUCCUCCGAGUUUGAAGGUGAAAUUGAGAAACACUCGAAAGGACAGACCCUGAUGGACAUGGUGUGUGAGCACCUCAACCUGCUGGAGAAGGACUACUUUGCCCUGACCUUUGCCGACACGGACACCCAGAAGAACUGGUUGGACCCCUCAAAGGAGAUCAAGAAGCAGAUGCGCAACUCUCCAUGGCACUUUGCCUUUACUGUCAAGUUCUACCCUCCUGACCCCUCGCAGCUCACCGAGGAUAUUACCAGGUACUACCUGUGUCUGCAGCUGAGGGAUGACAUGCUGUCAGGUCGGCUGCCGUGCUCGUUCGUCACUCACGCCCUCCUGGGCUCCUACAGCGUGCAGGCCGAGCUGGGGGACUACGACCAGGACGACCACGGCACCGACUACGUCAGCGACUUCCGCUUUGCCCCCAAUCAGACUCGCGAGCUGGAGGAGAGGGUGAUGGAGCUCCAUCGAAACUACAAGGGGAUGACUCCAGCAGAGGCUGAAAUUAACUUCCUGGAGAAUGCAAAGAAACUGUCCAUGUACGGAGUGGACCUCCAUCAUGCUAAGGAUUCUGAAGGGAUCGACAUCAUGUUGGGUGUCUGUGCCAACGGGCUGCUGAUCUACCGCGACCGGCUGAGGAUCAACCGAUUCGCCUGGCCAAAGAUCCUAAAGAUCUCCUAUAAGAGGAGCAACUUCUACAUCAAGAUACGCCCCGGAGAGUACGAGCAGUUUGAAAGCACAAUCGGCUUUAAGCUUCCAAACCACAGAGCUGCCAAGAGACUGUGGAAGGUCUGCAUCGAGCAUCACACCUUCUUCAGGUUGGUGUCUCCAGAGCCUCCUCCGAAAGGCUUCUUGGUGAUGGGUUCAAAGUUCCGAUACAGCGGAAGGACGCAAGCUCAAACCAGACAGGCCAGUGCCCUCAUAGACCGGCCCGCUCCGCACUUUGAGCGUUCCGCCAGCAAGAGGUACCUGCUUUCCAGGAGCUUGGACGGAGCAGAGUUCACGCGGCCGCCUUCCGGCAUGUGCGAGAACCACGACGGCCUGUCUCACCGCAGCGCCGGCGAACGUCGGCGCCUCCACAGCCUCUCCGUGGACGAGCAGGAGACCGAGCUGGAGCCCAGUUUGGAGCUGGACGAGGAGGAAAGGGACCCCGAGCUGGCCAAGGAGACGGGACACGACUACGACGGCGAUGUCACUCCGAGCAGGAAGAAAGAGUUCAUGGAGGAGGCUGGCUCACCAGUCGACAGUAAACAGGAGUCGGACCAGGAGGCCACUCCUCGGCACAAACGGGAGUUCCUGGAUAAGUCGAAGGACGUCCUGCUGAAGCACCAGGCCAGCAUCAACGAGCUGAAGAGAACCCUCCGGGAGCCCAGCAGCAAGCUGUCGAACCGCGAGAAGCGUCUGUCGGCCACCUCCCCGAAUGGCACCCCGGAGAAGAAGGCUUCGGCGGGGAAGGACCCUGUUAACGAUGUGUCUGUUGAGGGGUUCGUCCAGAAGACAAUGGUGGCUUCACCUGAGGGCUCUGAGGAGUGGGUAUUGAUUGAAAAACAAGAAACUUAUCAACGGGACCGUGACCCGGACCAGGACCCAUUGCUUACAACUGAAUCCUCAUGGGAGAGAAGGGAGCUGGAGAGAGAGAUAGACAUAGCCAAGAUGAUACACAAAGAUGUAACAGGGUACGACAGGAAAGAAAUGAAAAGCCAUAGCGAUGAUUUUACAUCCAAAGAUUGGCCCAGAGAGGCAGACGAGCACUCUGAGCCGCGCACGGCUAACAGAAGCCGUUUUGUGAUUCAAUUAACGGAGAAUUCAGACUCCUUCAGAGACAAACCUCAAAGCAAACCAUCUCCAGCCUCGGCCCCCAACGAUGUGCCCGCCGCCUCCCGGCAGGUAAAGGAGCGCACGGCUUCUAAACCGCGCAAAAAGAGGAGACCCCAGAGCUUGAACCUGGGGAGGCCUGCCGACCUCGUGUACGCAACAGGAAGCGGGGAUUCCACCGAAGAAGAGAACGAAGGUUCGGGGUCCGACAAAAGCCCAGAAGGAAACUCCCAAAUUCUGCGUGAUUCCGAGAAGGUGAAAGAUGAUGACCGGUCCAGGAAGGGUCAUCCGGUCAAGGUCUUUAAAGACAGCCAACAAGAGCAUACGUCGAUAGGUGAACCAGAGCAGGUCAAGAGGACAGUGAGCCAGGUUGAGCCCGCCGACGUCGACUCAGUGAACGGACUCAAGGCCGAACACGAGAGUUCAUCCGCCGGCACUAAAGUGGACGGUGGCAAGAAGGUGCACGGACGGGGCCUCAUCGACAACAAAGAGCUGGCCGAGGUCAAGCUGCGACAGGUGCGGACGCAUGAGAGGAAGGUCAGUAGUUCCGGGGGGGAGGACGUGGAGGGUUUCACGGGGGGGCAGAGGACACUCGUCCACCGCCUCACGGGCAGCAGCUGCCAGUCGGAGAUCUCCAGGAUCGUCCCUCUCAAGCCCGAGCGCUCCAAAAGCGUGGCGUCCAAGGACGAACGGGACGGCCCGGGACAGGACGAGCUCACGUGGGCCCUCAGGAGAGACUACCGCUGGUCGGUGGGCUCUCCGGAGGGAUCCUCGGACCUCUCCUGGGCAGAGGCCGGCGCCGCCGCCCCCCGUCCGGCGUUUGCGGAAGACCUGGAGGGUGUCGCUAAAACGGAUCGCCCCGACGACGGCCACCAGUCCGCGAGACGACCCGCAGAGAGCCACUUGUUCGGCUCAAAGAUUUUGCCGCUUUCCAAAGCGGGCCCCCCGGCGCCGCCUGUGAAAACGCAGAAGGCUCGCGAGUCCGGGCUCAUGCUGCGGAACAGCCGAAACGCCGGCAGGGAGCCGAGCCUGGACGCGGCCAGGAAGAGGCACUCGGAGCCUGUCUCCAAUCCCGCCAUUUAUGAAGCGCCGUUCGCUGAUUUCAAGAAGGAGCUCGGCGACAGGAGGCCUCAGCCGAGCCUGGCCUCCGAGGAGGAGGAGGAGGAACAGGAGCGCGACACCUUGGCCUCCAUGAGAGAAACCCAACUGGGCAUCGAGCGCAAGUGCUCCAGCAUGACGGUCAGCUCCACGUCCAGCCUGGAGGCCGAGGUCGACUUCACCGUCAUCAUGGACCUCCACUCCGGCUCCGAGGACUUCUCCAAGUGCGCGUCGGAGACGGGAGGCAGGGAGCGGCAGCCCGAGGUGGGCCGGGAGGACUUUGAGGAGACCUCGCGGUUCUACUCCGCCCGUCUGAUGGGCUCCCGGGACAAGUUUCCCAUGGAGGAGAAGCUUCCUGAGGAGGGAGCACAUCAUGAGCCUCCUGUGGCCAAGAAGGAAGCCAGUGCUGUGAGCAUGGCCCACAUGCUGAAGAGGGCUGACUCCAAGACGGAGAGCCAUGCGAAUGGAUCGGAGGGGAAGCCUGCCGCCAUGCAUGUCUCCCCUCAGAACUUCCGAGUUGUCAGCACGCGGGAAGCUCCCGCUGUCCUUAAAGAAAAUGGCUCCCCGGUAAAGGCCGGAUCCCAGGGGAGGGAGUCCGUUGUGUCCCCGCUGACCAUCACCGCUGAGAGCGUCACCUCAGCAACCACAACUCAAGUUACCAAGACUGUGAAAGGAGGCUACUCAGAGACCAGAAUCGAGAAGAGGAUCAUAAUCACAGGAGACGAUGACGUGGACCAACAUCAGGCCCUCGCCAUGGCGAUCCAAGAGGCCAAACAGCAGCACCCCGACAUGCUGGUGACAAAAGCUGUGGUCAUCAGGGAAACCGAGUCUCCGACUGAGGAGCUACAGCAGCAGCGAGCCGAGUCCUGAUCGGCCAUGGUGGCUCCUGAGACGAGGGAGGGGGGAGGGUGUGGCUCGAGAGCAUCCAACGAAUGACCCCCCCCCACCCGUCCCCAAGCCCCCUCUCCCGCAGUACGCUACCACCCAGACACGAGGACUCUCUGCCUGAAACACUGAAACGGACUCACCUCCAUGAAGCAGCAGACCUCCAGUCUACCCAGACAAAACCAACUGUGACCCCCCCCCCCCACACACACCUGUCCUGGCCCCACCCGGGAACACUGCUUCCCUGCUUAGUUUCUCAAAGCGCAGUCGUCCCACUUGUUUGAAUCCUCCUCUAUGAGUGAUUUGUCUGAUGGGGGAGCUUCUGAUUCAUUCCAACCCCCCCCCCCCCCCCCCCCCCCCUUCACAGGUGGCUGCUUUGGGCUGUGAGGGUCCUAAAACUAAAACUUCCACCCAUGUGGAAUGAACAAAGCAUGGGGGGGGGGGGGGGCGGCCUUUCGCUCGAUGCCGCCCCCUCUUGACUGCAACACCUUCAGUAUAAUCGACUGCUGUCUUAUGAGCUUUUUACAUUUUUAUCUAUAGGACGUCAUUUAUGUGCAGUGUUGCUUGUUCAUGAAACGUGUAAAAUACCAGAUAAUCUGCAUGAUUCAAUAGAGACACAAAAUACCAGAGGGAGUGGAAAAUAAUAGUAAGAUAACAUAGAUAAUGCAUAAUUAUCUAAAUAAAGGCAUCCGUAUUAUAGCUCCAUGGAACGCUCUGAGAUGAUGGGGGGGGGGGGGGGGGUGUCGUCCACUGAGGACAGCUGGGUCACACAUCAGUGGACAGCUGGGACCGUUUUUAUUUUAAGGAAAUGCUGGUCACUCGUUUUGGCCACAGUCAUACGAUUUUUAGAGAUAUUUUAAUAUAAAUAGUGUUUUAUGUGAAACCUUUUCGACGUGGUGAGUUCACUGACUGCCGCCAUGAAGCAGAGAUCGUGUGCUUUCCUCUUCAUGUGUGACAACCUUAUGUGGUUGAGGUCUGACAAAGUCAAUCAGCGCAAAGAAGUGGUGCCCACAUUUCUCUUUGGAGGGGGGGGGGGGGGGGCAAACCUUUCAGCCGUUUCUUUUCUUGCGCCUGUGAUACGUUCAUCACUGGCAUGAGAGCCAUCGAUGCUUGCGUUUGUGGGUGCACGUUCACGACCUCCUUCCCGAACUAACACGGGGACUUUAUCUGUUUUUCAUUAACUCUGUAGGUUUCUAAUUGUAUUUAUAGGAGUGGUGAAUGUGAGGCCUGUGCCCCCCCCCCCCCCCCCCUCCCUCCCUCCCAGCGUCACCAGAAUGACCUUUAAUAAUAUACUAUGCAUCACUUAAUCACCCGUAGAAGCCCCUGUGCUGAAGUCUGACCCCCCCCCCCCCCCCCACUGCUGACAAAUUGCAAUAAGCUGCCAUUGCUCAUGUCAUCUGUCACCUGUCCUCUGAAGGGGGACAAAACUGUGAACUGGAACGCAGAGUUGGAACGCAAAAGGAAGUCUGAAAGUGUCGCCCCCUGCUGUUGAUGCGUCGGACGACGUGAGAUUCCCCAAACUGACCAUUUGUGUUUUUCUUCCUUGUUUUAUGACACUGGACUGUAGUGAAGGCCCUUACGUCCCAUGACUGCAGCACGUAGGUACACUGUAAAGAACAGGAAACAUCUGUCUGUGCUCCAGGACACUACACGCUACACGCCACAUGUACACAUGUAGACCUGCGUGUAGUAGCCGUGUAGACAUCGAGCGGAGCUGUGUUUUUAGCCCGUGGGUGUUAAACCAGUGUCUCGUGAGUGGGGGGGGGGGGGGGGCUUAUGUUUGAGGUCGUGGUGACGGGAGCAGCAGCCGCCCUUAUCACAGCCGUCAAUCAUCCCCGAGGCAGACGUGGAAACGACCCCCCCACCUCAGUCCAAGGGCGAAGAGGAGCUGGUCUUACGAAGAGAAUUACUGGCCUGGACCACAAGGGGACAUCGAGGGACCUCCUCAGCGACAUGACAAUAUUUAUUGGCCCCAUUAACGUGGAUGAUCCAGAUUACGGAUUAAAGGUUGUUUUAUGUUAUUUUUCUCCUGAAGAGCAUGGAGCUGCGCCGCUGUUUAGCCUCCACCUGCUGUCCUGCGCUGCCUUCUUGCUCCACAUCCCCCCUCGUGCUUGGUGGUGUGUAUUUGCUGUAUUUGCAUUCAGUCUAAAUGGAAAACAUACCUGCAUAAAUAAAUGUCUCAGUAUGAUUCAAA